CUCGAUGCGCACCCUGUACCUACUCGCUAUCGCAAGGGCAAGGGCUCUGCCGCUAAAUGUCGUGCCCGCUGCCGACGACCUCGAGACGAGCCGCCUGAGCGACCUUGUCUGGGAAGCUGCGAUGGAUGGGUUCGACCACCACUCCGCUGCAAUCGACAGCGCACUAUCCACGGCAAUGGCGGCGCUCUCUGACCAGGCAUGCGCUCCGCAAUGCCUCGCCGCCGCUGCUUCCGCCGCUGCGAGUGCCGGGCCCGCGCCUAUGCAGCUGUGCCUCCAGUGCGUGGAGGAGCAGGAGCUGCGGCUCGACUUGGAGCCGUCCUGGUUGACCGGAACCAUGGCCAAGGACGCGGAUGGGCAGCUGCGCACGUUUUGCAGUGGCACCAACAGCAGCACCGGCUGGGAGCGGCAGCCCGACGGCUCCUACUCAGGGUGCGAAGUCGCGGAGCAUACGCCCGACGCCGCGACGACUGCCUUCAUGUCCAACGCGGUGGUGCGGCGGAAGCUGAGGGAUCUGCCGUCGGGGACACACAACGGGUCUAUCUGGAGGGGCAACGAGCUUGGAAGUCACAUCCUGGUUCGCGACUUUUGGACGGGCAUCGCGCCGGCGUCGAUUCUGCUCGGCGCCAAGCCCGAGCAGCACAGGGUGCUGCGCCCGAUCCUCGACCGGCUCUACGGCUGGUCACGGCACUGUCCAGCGCACUCACAGUGCCAGGCGGCGCGCUCCGCCGCCAUCAGGGCGCAUGCCACGCAGUGGCUCGCCGGCAAGACCUCCCUCGGCGGCGCGGACUACUUCGAGUACACGCACAUCGCGCUAUUUGAGCGCACUUUCCCCGGGAAGGAGAACCCCUUCUCCGCCGCCCAGAUGCAGUUUGUGCAGCUCCUCUUCCUCGUUCAGGCGACCUUCCUCAUCUACCUCCCGGUCUCGAUCCGGGAGCGCCUCCUCGCCCUCCUGCCCGACAUGCUCAGCGGCGUGUGGUGGCACCAGCAGCUCUCGGACGCCUACCGGCCGAUGGUGGAGGAGAUCUACGGCGCCGAGCUCGCAGAGGGCGACUGCUCGCCCUCCGACUGCGUCGAUCAGCUCACCUCCGCCAUCAUCGACACCAUUCUUCUCGCUGGCGGUCUCUCGAUCCCCACCGCCCUCUCUAACGGCCUCUGGGUGCUGCUGGCGGACACCUCGCGGUGGGACGAGACUUUUCCGCAGACCGUCCCUGCCGGGGUGAGCCCGCUGCUCUACUUUAUGGAGACGCUGCGCUUCUUGCCGCCCGUCGGCACCUUCCCCUUCUGGAGCGGCGACAACGUGCCGCCGGCCAACGACACGCGGUACCCGGACUACCCGUCUCCAGCGGCGCACACCUACCUCAACUUGCGGAUGGCGCUGCGCGACCCGAACGCAUGGGGCCCCGACGCGCAUCAGUUCUCUCUCCGCCGGCCUCUAGCUUCAUACAAGGAGUACUCGGUCGCCUUCGCCGACGCUGCAGCCGACCCGACCGUCGCGGGCGGCGCAAUGGACCGCUACUGCCCGGGGAAGCAGCUCUCCAUGGAUCUGGGCGAAGCCUUCUUCGAGCUCCUCCUCUCGCAGAGGAGCGAGUGGUGCCCAGACCCGGCCGCAGACACGCCCGCGUACUCGAGUCGCGGCUUCUCCGUGACCAAGCCGGGCGCGUCCUUCUCCGUGGUCCGAGGCCUCGGCCGCGGCGCCGCCUGCGUCGUCCCGAGGUGGUUCGAGGCCGAGCCGUGCUGCGCUGGGCUGAGGUGCGUCGGGUGGGCCGCGGGGAGUGGCGGCAGCGGGGCUUGGGCGCUGAUGGACCGUUUCCUGCCGCAGUUCAGCCCCUUCUCGGUGGACGGCACGUGUGUGCGAGACGAGGAGAUGUAGAAUGUUCGUGCGAAGACUAGGAACUAGCACCCCACCUCGCGAGCCGACGUUCUGGCUCAGCGAGGUUGCUGCGGAGCACUCGCGGACCGAUCUUAGAGAUAUAUCUAGAUUUGUUUGAGAUUUUUGAAAACG